CUCCUCUACCCUCUUUCCGCCAAGACAGAAGCGCUGGGAAACGUGCCUAAGGUGUUCGGUUCUUCUGACGAAGCUAAGGCCUCUGAAUCCGGCGACUAGCACCACGAAAAUUAGGCAUCCUUUACCCAAAAUAUAACUUCUUGAAAGCAAAAUGGCCACCGUCUCAGAACUCGCCUGUAUUUACUCUGCUCUCAUCCUCCACGACGAUGAAGUUACGGUCACGGAGGACAAGCUGAAUGCUCUGAUCAAGGCAGCCGGCGUGACUGUCGAGCCGUUCUGGCCCGGUCUGUUUGCCAAGGCCUUGUCCAGCGUGGACAUCGGCAGCCUCAUCUGCAACGUGGGAGCCGGUGGCGGUGCCCCCGCUGCCCCCGCCGCAGGAGCCCCCGCAGCUGCAGCGGCAGCCCCAGCUGAGGAGGAGAAGAAAGAAGAGAAGAAGGAAGAGUCUGAGGAGUCUGACGACGACAUGGGCUUUGGUCUCUUUGACUGAAGUGGUUUUUGUAAAACAUUCAGAAAUAAAUUGGAAAAAUUA